AUGGAAACUUUCGAUCGAUUCCCUGAUUUACCCGUCGAGCUCAGAGUUCAGAUCUGGAAACUCGUUAUCCGAGAGAAUCGGCCAGGAGUACACAUCUUCAGCCAUUGUGACCAGACCCUCAAUUAUACGCCCAAGUCUCGGAUCAUGAUGACCCGUGAGUCGUGCGGAUGGAGAUUUUCGGAACUCUCGCCACUUCACUAUUUCGACAGCGUCAAAAAAGAUGUCCCCCGCAAAAACGUCUCAACAUAUCUGAUUGAUAUUCUCUCCGUCCCCAAAGAAGAACGUAACACCCGACAGCGAGAAAUGUCCGAGGAGACAAGAUUCAACUUGCCCUCGACCGGAAAAUUAUUCGGAGCUCCGCUUCACAACCUUACAGUCUUUCCUCACCGAGGCCUCUUUGUCUUACAGGUCGACUGCGUGGGCGAUGUCGACUGGGACGGACUUGGUUUAGGCCAGAGCCUUGGAUGGGGUUUGUUGGGGUGCGACGGCAUCAAUCAUCUAGGCAUCAAGUUCAAUCCAGAUUGGUGGGACUCGGAUUAG